AUGGGUCCGGCUGCACGUUACCGACCCAUGUCUCCAAGCGGCUCACGUAUGAUUGAUCCUAUGCGGGCCUCUACCGGAACAGUGCAGCUCAGCUCCUCUUAUGAUGCAUCUGCAAACCGUCAGGGGUAUGCGGGCUAUCCGUCCGAUCUUCCUUAUAUGAACGCUUACGACCCCCGACUCGCGAGGGAGCCGAGACUGGAAGCCCAGCCGGUUUCAUCUAAGACUUACCGAGAUCCUAGCCACUCCACCAAGCUAAGAACUGAGUACGCCAUCCGUCCCAGACAGCGCAGUAGCACCACCUCUAUUGCAGACAUUCAAUAUGGCCCGGGACGACACGAUACGCCCGCUACUCGAGCCUCCCCUAUGAUCAUGUCCGACUAUCGCCGCUCGCCUAGCCCUCUCCCAGGCCAGGAACGCUAUCUAGUCCCAGCUGCCUCUCCCCUAUACCAUCAUCGUCAUCCCCUCUCUCAUACCGAUUAUACUAGCGACACAGGACGGCUGGACCCGAACGUUCGAAUGACAAGAAUUCGAGCCCCCCGUGGUGCCUACAGUGGGUAUGAACCAAAUAGCCGUUGGCGAUAUCCACCUACAGGAGGUCUUCGGAAAGGGGAGGAUAUUGAUGAUUAUGGCGCCUAUUCAUAUACCAAUCCCCGAGAACAAUUUGAAAAAGAUUCCGCUGCAAGAUUGCGCUAUGACCGAGUCACUUAUCGCCGGGAGAGGCCUCUAAGUCUAACCGGGAUUGAUGACCAUCAAUUGAUUCCUAAGAGAGAGCCUCGGCUAGGGCCACCGCCUUCACAACGGGGUUUCGACAAGCUUGAACGGGAUAGACGAGUACGGCAUUCCACCCAAGGCUCUGUGGGCAGCGAUAUGGACUUACCUGGGACAAGCCGACGGUCGUGGCAACGAGCGCAGGUUUUGUUGCACCAGGAUCCCGAUGAAGGAUAUUCUUCUUACAGAGACGACUACGAAGAAGGUCGUCGUCGCCACCGGCGACAUAGGCGUCUAGAUGAUGAUCGAGGCAGUCGGCAAUCCUACGACGAUCACAUGUCUAGAAGCCCUUCUACUAAAGAUCCUUCGGUCUCGGGGGCCGGGACUGGCCUAGGAACGGCAGUCCUGGCUAGUGGAUAUACGGACGAUUUUGACUACGACCUCUCUCCGCGGACCGACCGUCACCACACUCGCGAGUUGGAUGACCGCGAUCGGGAUUAUAUCAGACAGCACAGUCGGUCGCGCAGACCGUCGAGACGCAGGGUGCAAACUGACUCAGACGCAUACUCAUCAGAUGAAGACUUGAAGAAAUACAGACGAGAACCGUCAGCCCGUCGAAAGCCAGGCUCAGACAGCUCUAGCGGUAGCGACCAGGAAUUGUCACACAUGACGGUCAAGCACCUACGCCAGCGUCGAUCUCACUCGCGGCGUCGCAAACUGGAUGUUCCUCCCGCGAAAGACAGCAGUGUGAGAGAGUCUUUGAGCCGUGCAGAUGAAUCUAAAAAAUCGGAAUCAGGGCCCUCGAAAGAUCCUGAUGCUCCGCCGAAAGGGAUCCUCAAGCCCCCUCGGGAUAAGUUCCCUGAGGAGCCGAAUCCAGUCAGAGAGGGCGUGGCACCCUUGAAAGAUGCUCAUAAGAAAGGUAUCCCUCCUGGCGCCCGGUGGACCAAGAUUGACCGUCGGCUGGUCAACCCUGGAGCAUUGGAAGCGGGUCACGAACGAUUUGAGGAGCGACCGGAAUAUGUGAUCGUCUUACGGGUCUUGAGCAAAGAGGAAAUCCAAGCGUAUGCAGUCAAGACCCAAGAGAUUCGAGAUACCCGCUACCGCGAAUAUGUACGUGAGCGGCGCCAACGUCGAGAGGAGGACCGUCGCCGCGGACGUAAACUGGACGAUUUUUCGAGUGAUGAUGAAGAGGAAGAUGAUGAUUCUCCAUUAGCAAUCGAGGGACCAGCUGAGUCGAAACCCUCUAAAACAGCCAACUUGGUAGAGCCUGUGAAGUCCGAGGUAUGA